GGCGAUUACUUCAUCAUCAAAACAAAUAAGACGAAAAAUCUUUGCCGCAUAAUAACUAUACUAAAAGAAAAGAGUAUUGCUCAUCACACCUAUAGCCUCACUGAGAGCGCACAUUUAGAGUAGUCAUAAAAGGUAUUCCAAAAUUUUUACCGGAGAUCAAGUAAAAGAAGAAAUAAUAGAACAAGGCAAUGUCCAAAUUUUCAACAUCUCCUAAAGUUCAGGUUGAAUAUCCACACCCAUUUGAUAGCAGAAGAACAUUAUUUUUUAUUAUUGAUAGUGUUCAUAUAAUUAAGUGUGUUCGGAACAAUUGGCUAAAUCAAAAAAGUUAUAAUUCUUGUAUGUUUUAUCCAGAAUUUCAGGUAGAUGUUACUAAUGAUAAUGUAAAAAAUGUACCAUUAAAAACUGCUUCAUUUCAAGCUUUACGUAAGUUACACGAAUUUGAAAGGUCUAAUUUGGUUAAAUAUGCACCCACUUUGAUUGCAAAAUCUCUUUUUCCUUCUAACAUUGAAAGACCAAACGUAAAACUUGCUUUAAAUAUAUUCAAUAGCCAGUUAAUUGGAGCUAUAAGUUCACUUAAGGAAAAAUGUAAUAUUUUAGAUCUAAAAUUAACAGCUGAAUAUAUAGAAAUUUUUGUAAAUUGGUGGGAUAUUAUGAAUGUUAGAACAGUAACUAAAGGAUUUCAUAAAAGGAAUGAAUAUCAAAAGCCCUUGAGAUUAAACGAUUUUUCUUUUAGAUAUUUAAGCGCAUUUCUUGAGUGGUUAUCACUAUGGGGGAAAGCUAUUUCUGAUACUGGUAGAUUAACCUCAGAAACUUAUUUAGCUCUAUCUGUAACAACUCAAGGCAUACAAAAAAUUUGUCGCUAUUGCACUGAAGAGUUAGGUUUAAAAUUUAUACUGGCAGGUAAAUUUCAAACUAAUAGUUUAGAAACAAGAUUCGGUAAAUAUAGACAAUUAGCUGAGGCUUCAAUCUACUUUGCCAAUGAUUUUAAAAUCAAAUGUUUUUGGCUAUGUUAAAUAGAUUUAAACAAUAUUGAGAACGAAUCUGAAUUUCUUAACAGUAAUUUACUAUGCAAUAACAAAUUUGAAAUAAAUGUAACAGAAGAGGAUUUGCGACAAUCUAAUAGAAUUAUGCCAGUUAUUGUUUACCUUGCUGGUUAUGCCGUUCAUUCAACAUCAAAAUUCCUUAAAAAUUGCCCUUUUUGUAAGUUAUUGUUAACAAGAGAUGAAGAAAUUCUUUAUCAUGAAUAUAACAUUUUGAUUCACCAUCAAGAUCGUGGUGGACUAAAAUACCCUGUGGUGGAAGUUAUAACUAUUGGUUUGUACUCUUAUGUAAUUAUUUCAAAACUAUUAACUGAAUUUGAAGAAAAUUUUUUAAAAGUUCAUAAUCAGAGAAUUAUUUCUUUAAACAUAAUCAAAGCUGUAUUGAAUGACUAAGAGAAACACUUAAAUUUUGAUUAUUGUGAAAGUGAACAUUCUUCAGAUGUUGUCAUUCAUUGUAUUGUAAAGAAAUUUGUAAACAUCUUAUUAAAU